CGCGAGAUUGUAUCCCACAAACCCCUAUUUAUGGCCUCCCUCUCAGGUGGUUUGGGAGGUGGUUGUACUGACUUCCCCUGAGAGGUCAGGUUUUUAAUGCUCCUUCUCUUGGCCGUCGGUGUGGUUGUGCAGUAAUUGACUUUAAUGCUGAGUACUUCUCCAUUAACGUCUUUGUUAUGUUUCUUGAUCCUCUUGCAAGGUUUGCCAGAAGAAUGCCCCGAGUGUGCAAGAACGAGACAGAGACACACCAACCAAAUCAAACAUAUCAGACGCAGCUCUCCCUGAAAGCAAGAUAGAUCAUGGAAAUGGUUACCGUGCUGCACGUGAAUGGUGGCCUGGAAGAGACCAGCUACGCCAUGAACUCCUUGCUUCAGCGGAAGGGGAUUUCAAGGACUCUGCCGAUAACAAAGGAAGCCAUUGCAAAACUGAUGUGUAGCUCGGGUUUCCCCAAAGGUAGCAGGCUAGUGAUCACAGAUUUGGGCUGCGCUUCAGGACCCAACACCCUUCUCCUCGUGUCGGAGGUGAUCAAGGUCGUCGACAAGCUUUCCAGGGAGCUAGGCCAGGAAUGCCCCGAGCUUCAGGUCUUCCUGAACGACCUCCCAGGAAACGACUUCAACCAUGUCUUCACCUCCAUUCAAGGAUUCAGGGAAAACAUGAAGAAAGAAAUGGGAGCUGCCCAAGCUAUACUGGAUCUGAAUCCUGAACCAUUAAUUUCCAUCGCUGGAGUUUGGGGUUCUUUCUAUGACAGGCUUUUCCCCACUGACAGCCUUCACUUCAUCCACUCUUCCUACAGUCUUCAUUAGCGCUCUCAGGUUCCUCAAGGUCUGGAGGAGAACAAGGGAAACAUUUACCUAGAGAGUAGCAGCCCUCCAGGUGUGUUGGAAGCCUAUUAUAGACAAUUCCAGAUGGACUUUUCUUACUUCUUGAAGUUUAGAGCUAGGGAAUUAGUGACAGGAGGUCGGAUGGUACUGACGCUCCAUGGAAGGAGAGGUGAAGAACCUUCUGAUGAAAAAGAGUGUUGCUACCUUCUUAUGUCGAUAGCUCUCUACCAAAUGGCAUCUGAGGCACAUAAAAAAGAGAACAACCCAAAAGAGUGUUCAUAUUGUGAAGUCUCUCACAAGUCACAUGUAAUAACAAAGUCGUAGUAUCCUU